CCUUCCCGGAACAUCUAGGUCUACUUACUGUGCAGGAGGAAACACAAAAGGGAUCACUAGCCCCCGCUCGCAGCAGCAUCCCUCCUCAUUCAUUCCCUCCCCUCUUAUUCCCUCCCUCGCUUCACCAACUAUGCUCGCUCUGAAACGUCUGUCAACUUCCCGCACGACCUCCGUGACUCGCGGGUAUUCCACCUCCUCCGGAUACACUUCCACUGCGAAGAAUUUGCUCAUUAAUGCUGAAACUAAGGUUAUCUUUCAAGGUUUGUACACCCAUAACCUCUCUAGGGGAGGGAGAAAGGUUUGGGGGGGAGGGGGAAACUAUGCUGAUGUAUUAUGUACAGGGUUUACCGGAAAACAAGGAACGUAUGUUUAAUCCUCGGAUGGUCGUGUUGGUGAUGGUAGAAGUCGGAUGGGUGUAAGAGGGGCGGUUGACGGAGGUGGGAGGGUGUUUUUAGGUUUCAUGCGCAGCAAGCGAUUGAGUACGGUACGAAGGUUGUCGGUGGAAUUAGUCCCAAUAAGGCUGGAAGUAGGCAUUUGGACCGUCCAGUUUUUCGUACUGUGAGGGAUGCUAUCAGCGAGGUUGGAGGUAUGUUUUUUUUCCUUUCAGGAUUCCUGCCAGUGUUAUGUGGACGGGGAAUUUAUUCUAGUGUAGCCGAUGCAAGUGCUAUAUUCGUUCCGCCUCCGGUCGCAGCAAAGUCUAUAGAGGAGGCGAUCGAGGCAGAGGUCAAGCUUGUUGUUUGGUGAGUGUUUGAGUGGGUCCCCUGGGUUUUGUGCUUGGGAUGGCAUUGAUGGAGGUUAGUAUCACCGAAGGGAUUCCUCAGAAUGACAUGGUCCGGGUUGUGGAUAUGUUGAAGGCGCAGAAUAAGACUAGGUUCGUUAUAUGGCUUGCGGCGGGGAGGAAGCAAGACUGAUAGUGGGAUAGAUUGGUGGGACCGAACUGCCCUGGAAUCAUUGUAUGUCUACCUAGCACCGAUAUUUGGGGAGGGAGAACCUUUUCUGAUAGCGGUGUAGUCCCCAGGCCAGUGCAAAAUUGGAAUUAUGCCAGGUUUCAUCCACAAGAGAGGCAGAAUCGGUAUUGUCUCGAGAUCUGGGACUCUUACUUACGAGGCUGUAAACCAAACCACCCAGGUUGGACUUGGCCAGAGCUUGGUUAUUGGGUGCACAUCUCCCCUUUGAGCCAGCACAACGAAGGCUGAUUACGGGAUUUAGUAUCGGAGGUGAUCCCUUCUCCGGGACCUCUUUCACUGACGCCUUGAGUGUUUUCCUGGAAGAUGAUGGAACCGAUGGUAUUACUUUAUAGAUAGUUUGUGUUAGGGUGACGCUAACAAGUUAUAGGAAUCAUUAUGAUCGGUGAAAUCGGGGGCUCUGCAGAAGAAGAUGCUGCUGAUUACCUGAAAGCCAACAACACCAAGAAUAAGCCAAUCGUAUCAUUCAUCGCCGGUAUCUCUGCGCCCCCAGGAAGGCGGAUGGGUCACGCCGGUAUGUUUUCUCCCUCUCUCCCUCUCUCCCCCCUACCCCAUAACCCGACUCAUUGUUCCUUCUAGGUGCCAUCGUCAGUGGCGGCAAGGGAGGAGCCGAGUCCAAGAUUUCGGCGCUCGAGGGUGCUGGUGCCAUUGUCGAGCGUAGCCCCGCUGCCCUGGGAAAGAGUCUAUACGAACAAUUUGUGAAGCGAGACUUGUUGUGAAUUGAGAUAGGGCGGUAAUCCUUAUGUUAUAGAGAUGUUUGGAAUUUGGAAGGGCGGGGAAACUGCCUAUUUGUAACCUAAUGGUAGCAAAAUAUGCCCGUUAUCCUAGGGCGAUCUGAAUGCUGGUCAUGGGAUAUCACUCGGGGACUUUUUGGAUUUUGUGUUCAACUUAUCCACUCUGCAGGCUAGCCUCUUUUCGCAACCAGUUCCCUUCACCACUUGCCCCUUUCCCACCACUCCUUUCGUCGUUGAACCUGAUAGCGCCAGUGAGCGUAGGAGAGAGAGA